GAUGAGCAGCGUUUGGAAUGUGUGGAGCUGCUACGUCACGUCGUCCUGCAUGUUACACUUGGGGAAUUGGGCGCUUUUUUCGUGAGUUAACUUAGUAAUUAGUUAGCUAGCGUUAGCUAACAGCUAACAAAGUGGGACACGCGGUACUGUUUCCAUGGAGACUGCCAGGACGCCCUGAUUCGGUGUUUCCACACGCAGGGAGGAGGAACCGCUGUUGAGUGUCCUUCCUAUUUAUUUCUGAAGGCUCGUGAAAAAACGCAAGAUGCCAUUUUACAACAACGUCUAUUACCCUUUUCCAUCAGAGGCCCAGGGGGCUCAUUCCUCAGCAGGGAUCCCAUCCCUGCUGAACUCCCCCCAGAGCCAGCUGUCCUCAGGCAGCCAGAGCAGACCUACUGGCUCAGCCAUGUCCAGGGUUCUCAGCUGUGGAGCCGCUGCUGUCACUGCACCCUUCAAGUUUCGUGCCCGUCGCGAGAGUGUGGACUGGCGUCGGAUCAAUGCCGUUGACGUGGAACGGGUUGCCUGCGAGCUGGACUUCCAGACUCUGCAAGACCACAUCACUGCAGUGACGUUUUGCAAUGUGGAAGGUGAGCGGUGCCCCCGCUGCCAGAGCCAAGUGGAUCCAGCCCUACUCAAGCUCUUCAGACUGGCCCAGCUCACUGUGGAAUACCUACUGCACUCCCAGGACUGCCUGACCGUCAGCCUGCAGGCUGCCGAGGAGCGUCUCCAGGCUGAAGCAGAGGAGAGGGAGCAGCUCAGAGUGCAGCUGCAAAAGCAGACGCAGGAUGCCAAGUCCUUAAAGGAAGAGCUGAAGCAGAGGAAGAAGAUUAUUGCCUCUCAGCAAGCCAUGAUCACUGCAGGCAUAGCGAAUUACCAUAAGUGUCAACAUUGUGAAAAAGCCUUCAUGAAUGCCUCUUUCCUGCAAAGUCACAUGCAACGCAGACAUCCUAUGGAGUAUGACAUCAAACUGAUGACUGAUAAUCAGAAGAAAGUUCAUACUGUGAAGUUACAAGAAGAGAUCAACAGGCUGCAGGAACAACUAACCCUGGCCAGACUGCAAAUGGAGACGCAGCAGAAAGACUACUCUGUCAAACAGGAGAAAGAUCUUACUCAGAAACAGGAGGAGUUUAUGAAACAGUUGGAAAUGUGGAAGGAGGACGAGCGAGUGCGCAUGAACAGCAAGAUAGAUGAAGUCAAGCAGGCCUGUCAGAGAGAAAUGGACUCUCUGCACCAGAGGAACAGAAAUCUAGAGAAAGAGGUACUGAAGUUGCAGCAGAGCAAUAAGAUGCAGGAUAGCACGCAGACUAUGCAGGCACAGACAAGUUCACUACAAAACACUGAGAACAAGCACUUGCAGGAGGUCAUCCAGCUCCAACAGAAACUACACAAACAGGAAAUGAAGUGGGCAGCUAAAAUGCAAAAAAUGAAAGAAGAAUAUGAGAGUGAGAAGAGUCAGCUCCAGGCCACACUGGCUGAUGGGCAGGAGAAGGCACAAAGACAGAGGCAGGAGCUAGAGCUCGUGCUGCAGGAGCAGCAGAAGAUCAUCGCCUCCAAGGACAAGCAGAUGAAACAGGUCACCUCAAAUCCACCUACCCUAGUACUCCAGCAAGAAGUGGUUGUUCCAUCAGCUCCGGAGCUUAAACCCAAAGUGGCAGUCAGUGAGCAGUCCAGUUCAGUCUAUAAAUUGGAUCCUAUAGUGGAGCUGUCAGAGGAGGACAAAGAUUCCUCAAGCAUCUCAGAAAGCCUUCCUGACACUCAGUCAUGGCAGCAAAAAGCAGAAGAGCUGCUAAAAAAACCCGGCCUCAAGAAGGACAUGCGAAUGGCUGUUCAGCAAAGCCUCCAUGACAAGUUGCUCAGUUUAGGCAUUCAACCUGAUUCCUGUUUUGUCCAGGGAGUCAGUCAGCUCUCCAAGACGACUUAUAAGAGUGCCAUGGCCCAGAUGGUCUCUGAGCGACAGCAGAGGCAAGAGGAAGACCCAGAAUACCGGAAAGUGCAGAAAGAGGUCAGCAGAAAGCUGGAGCAGAGGCUUAAGGAGAAGAAUACGGAACCAUCCUCCAAGCCCAAACGAUCAGUACAAGUAGCUGAGUCCAGGCCACGGUCUAGUAGUUUACCCACCACAGUCACCAGAGUAAUAUCAGGCCCUCCUGCCAGACAACAGCACACACCCCAGCCUGCUCAUCGGAACAAGACCAGCACUCUGCCCAAGACCUCCACACCAGUGUUACAUCAGAAAACACCUCCAUUCAGUUCAGAUGAAACCUCCUCAGAGGAAGAGGAAUCUGAGGAAGAAUCUCCUCAGGCACAGAAAACUUCUCAGCCCAAAGGCCCACAAGCGAACACAACCACAAAGAAAACUCAGCCACCAAGAGCCCAGCCACGCAUUGCCCUCCAGGCAGCAAGCUCCUCCCAGGCUUUAGCCUUGCGCUCUGCAGCAUUUCAGCCAUCAGCACAGCACUCUGGAGCUCACCAGGCCCCUGUGGUCAGCGUUAACAGAACAGAAGUGACUGCCGUGGAGAGUGAGAGUGAGUGGACUGAGGGCAGUGAAAUGGAGGAGAUUACACUACAUCAGCUACAGACGCACACAGACCAGAAUGGAAAUGUGCAGAAGACCUCUCACAGUAAUGUGAAGGUUCUGACCAAAAAUCUGGAGCAACAGCUCGCAGAGCGAGGCCUGAAAAAACCAGCAGGGGGCAUCAACACAGUGCAAGGGAAACCUACUGAAGUCACCAACACAAAUGAUGUGGUCCGAGAUCUGAAAUACACAGAGUUUGAUGAUGAUGAUGAUGACUGGGAUAUCUCUUCUCUGGAGGACGCUCCUGCCACACUCAAAACCGAUCCUGCUGCCGUGAAAAAGAGCACGGACAAGAGUGUCGACACCAGCACUAGUGUUUGGGGCACCUCCACAGGCAAAGGACAGAAGCCUGGUCUGAAUGAUGCAGGCACAGGCAGCACCCUGAAGAGCAGUAUUGUGACAGUUAGUGACUGGGAUGAUUCUGAUGACAUUUAAAUCCAGUAGCAAAUAUUUAAAAGCAAUAACAAAGAAAUACCAAAAACAACACUUAGAAUGUAAUAAACAUGUAAUAAACAAUAAUUUACUAUAGUUUAUGCAGAGGUAUAUUGCAUUAGCUGUAAUAAUCAACUAUAGGAACUCUGGCCUAGUUACAGUCUAUUCAGGGACAUAGUUGGAGCAAUAAUCAUCCAUUCCUUGUAUCUGUCAAUAUGUUUAAUAUAUUCAGUGUUAAAAUAUCUUAGAUCUUGUCAUGUGAUGUUGCACUUUGAAAAAUUAUCCAUGUAUUUUUUUAUGAAUGUCUGUGAGUAUAUAGUUUGCUAUUUUUUCUAAACAAACAAAUAUCAAGAAACAUUCAUAUAAUAAA